UUUUGUCUCUUAUCCAGAUGGCUCAGAUUAUGAUUGGUGUGAAAUGCUUCUUUUAUGGGAUAAUUGGAUUUCUUGUUCCUAAUUCUGAAAUGUACAGAAUCAUUUUCUUCUCAAUUUACACAGGCUUCUCUUUCUGCGGGGCAUUGUCUUUUAUCGUUUCUGGAAGUCUGACUGUUGUGUCUGCCAAGAAGCAAACAAAAUCACUGCUGAGAGGGAAUCUAGGUGCUAACAUUCUCAGCACCUUGGUCUCGAUUAUUGGGAUCUGUAUUCUGUCAUACAAUUUAACAAAAAAUUGCCGCUAUGAUUGCAAGGAGGAAACUUUCUGUUUGGGCAUCAAAUCAAUUGCAACUGAACUUGUGAUUGUCCUGAUUAUCCUAACUUGUCUGCAAAUUUUAAUUUCAUUACCUCUCUCCAUGCUCAACUAUAAUGUGGAUGACAAGAAUAUUCACUGGAUUUCUAUAUUGUUUUGCUGGAAAACACCUUCUGAAGGUCUUUACCAAGACUUGUUUCCUCAAACUUCAAUCUAUCAAGAACUUGAACGUAAGGAAGAAACACCUUCACGUUAUCCCACAGAUACUAGCAAACAAAUAUGAAGCUGCACUUCUGUAUUUUGAAUCCACAGUGAUAGCAAGAAGCACAUACUGGGACCACUGAGGCAUAAAUAUACCUGUGUAUAUUUAUAUAUACAAAUAUACAAUAUGUGAGGAUACAACUGUGUGGUUUAGAGUUAUAAAGAUAGCAACUGGCAUUUAUAAUAUUAAGAAUUUGGUUGUCACCACUUUUUUUGUUAUGUUUGGAUGUCAUCACAGGCUAGGUUUAUGCUCUGUUACAAAACUUAACCUAGAAACAUUGAUGGCUUAACACAUCAGAAAUUCAUUUACUUCCUAUUUUUCAUGUUCAUUAUUAGUUGGCUAUUCACUUUAGACCCACACUGAUAUGGGUUCUACCAAAUAGAAUGAUAUCUCAAAAAGUUGUUUGUUUUUUUUAAUUUUGCCAAGGUAGGGAAAGAAAAAGUUAGAAGUCGGACCUUUGGCAAUUAGGUACUUUGGUCUGGAAGAAGCAUGUGUCUCUUCUUGCCACAGUCCAUUAAACAGCACUGUGUGGGAGACAGGAAAUGUAGGGUGACGUAAAGUUCCGAGGUUUAACGUUUGAUGAAAAAACAAUGAGGUAAACGUAGUUUCCUGAACUAAUUGUGAAAAUACUUUGCAAGUUUGGUCCAUCACUUUUACACUCUGUGUCUUUGGGUGUGUAUCUUCUGUGGCUAAACAUUAGGUUUAUUUAUCUCUCAAAUGGUCUAGCUCGUGCUUACUCAGUUUAGAUUGGGAUAUCCAUCAAGGAAAACAGUAAAUAUAGGCAAAAAUACUUUUAACUAUAUGAAAUACUAUAGGUUAUAGUAUUUCAUUAAUAUAGUGUUAGGUUAAUUAAUUAUACUCUAUCAUUCUAAGUACAUUAAGCUUUUCUGAUGAUAUUUUACAUAAAUAAGCUCAUAUAUAAAAGCUUGUGUUGCUUAAUUGGCCCACUGACAACUAAUCAAAAUGUUACCCCAUUCUUCUUGAAUAAUAUA